AUGCAAUAUGAUGGUAAGAUUUUUGACAUGUCGCAAAAGAUGGGAGCAAUGGAGGCACUUUUGAAAAGCAUGUAUAUGCAACAAAAUCCACAUUUAAGUGAAGAGGAAGUAGAUGAUAAGAUGAGAGAAGCUUUGCACAAUGAUAAUAUUUCAACACCAUGCUCAUCGACAUCAACAUAUGCUCCUACUCAUCAAAAGUUUUAUAAGUUACUCAUUAAGUUAAUGGUUAGAAACAAAGAUGAUCCUCAAGAUGAACAAGAUGAUGAUCUUCAAUAUGAUCAAGAUGAUGAUGAUCUUCAAUAUGAUCAAGAUGAUGAUGAUCUUCAAUAUGAUCAAGAUGAUAAUGAUCUUCAAUAUGAUAAUAUUCAAGAUGAUGAUUCUCAUGAAACUCAACACAAUGAAUAUGAUAAAGACCGUCAUUGA